AUCAAUACGUUUAUAAUUUUCGCCAUGAUAGAGGAAGCAAUAACCAAGUCAGUGAAAAAAGGCAAUCUUAUUGAAAAAAUAUUAAUUAAAAAUAGUAUACAGCAAUUAGAUAUGGAUGGAUACGGUUGCCAAUUAUAAUAAAGCAGGGCAUGUUAUAAAUAUGCAUUGUUAGUACCGACGUGCCAUUGCCGCCGCCGCCGCCGCCAUGUCGCCGCUCGCCCGCUCGCUGCUCGCGCUCGCCGCGCUGCUCGCCGCCGCCGACGCUAUGACGAACCCUUUUUGCGACAGCCUGAGCAGAAGGGAACAAACAGAUGAUUAUGAAACUUUUGUGAUAACUGGCACUGGUGAUUCGGUCACUGAAAUUCCUGAUAAAUGUACCAGACCAGGAAGGAAGUUAGUCGGCGAUUAUCUCAGCGUGUGUAACGCCUACCACAGACCUAAACUGGCGACACCUAUGGGCAUAGCCCAUCCUUUAGGGGCUGUGUACAUCACCUGCCCUAAGACUGUCGAUGGCUGCUCGCGGCUCCAACUGCAUGUGACGCAGUACUGCAAGAUGGUGACGGGGCCAACGCCUCUGCUCUUGGGUUAACGUUGUGGCGAUCAUGUUGCUUAGCCGAGUGAAGAUCGUUCAUGGAAAACGCGAAUCGAAACUUAAGUAUUGUUGCUUGACUUUCGUUCUCAAUGUAUAAUUAAAAUCAAUUAAAGCAUUCAA